AUGAUCAUCGUGUUUCUCUCAGAUCUCUAUCUCUUAACCAAAUCAUAUGAUCAUCAUUCAGGCCUCUCUUUGCUGCCCAAGGAACAAGAAAGGUUGGAUAUGGUAUUAAGACAAGUAACAAUGAAGGACAAUAAAACAGUGAUUUUAACAACCCUAAACGAGGCAUGGGCAUCUCCAAACUCAAUUUUUGACAUCUUUCUAGAAAGCUUCAAAAUUGGGAACAACACAAAGGAACUUUUAAACCAUUUGGUCGUGAUUGCUUUGGACCAUAAAGCAUAUUUGCGUUGUUUAAACGUACACACUCUUUGUUACGUACCCUUUUAUCCCAUUAUUAAUAGCAAAAAUCUCUCCGGCGAGGCCUACUUUAUGACCUCAAAUUACUUGGAGAUGAUGUGGAAAAGAAUCGGCUUUCUUCAUAUUGUUCUUGAGUUGGGAUAUGACUUUGUUUUCACGGAUGCAGAUAUAACAUGGUUUCGCAACCCUUUUCACCAAUUUUAUCCCAACGUGGAUUUUCAAAUAGCUUGUGACAACUAUUUGCUUAAAGAACCGAAUGGGGGAUUCAAAUACGUGAAAUCGAACGAGCGCACCAUAAAGUUUUACAAGUUUUGGUAUGGUUCUAGGGAAACUUAUCCGGGUAAGCAUGAUCAAGACGUGCUAAAUAAGAUCAAAGGAAGUUUUUAUUUAAGGUGGAUUAUCGGUUUGAGAAUGAAAUUUCUGGACACGAAAUACUUUGGAGGGUUUUGUGAACCGAGUAAGGAUUUGGAUAAAGUGUGUACAAUGCGUGAAUGUUGUUUUGGGUUAGACAAUAAAGUUCAUGAUAUGAAGAUUUUGCUUGAGGAUUGGAGAAAUUAUUUGUCAUCUCCAUUUGAAUAUAAAUAA